AUGCUUCCACAGCUCUCGCAUAUCUACCAACCUCUUCGCAUCCCUAAUAUUGGCAUACGCGCAAUUUACCCGGCGACGAAACAUGCGCCCGAUCAUGUCGACGAAAUAGCCAUUGCCACUAUAUACUUGAUGGUGAUGAUGAUACUGGCUGUUUUGAUACGACUGGCCUUCCGGCUUCACAUGCUUCGCUCACUGGAAUGGGACGAUGGGACUAUAUCGCUUGCACUGAUUUUCGCUGUUGCACAAUGUGCUGUCAUUCUUGCUGGAACGAGGAAUGGGUUGGGCAAGCGAGAAUUGAGCCUCAGUGACACGGAAGUCCAAACACUAGAGAAGGUUCUCUAUUCAUCGGAAAUUCUAUACAUUCUUGCUCUUAGCUUAGCAAAGACCUCAGUACUGCUGCUCUUGAACAGAUUGGCUGUUAACAAGUGGCAUAAGCGAGUUUCAUUCUGGACGUCAAUUCUGGUCGGUAUUUGGACUGUGCCAGUCUUUUUCACUCUGGCACUACAAUGCGGAGUGCCUAAUCCUUGGGAUUUUAGCGAAGGCCAUUGCGUAGAUAGUAUACGAGUGCAGUUCGCCUUCUGGACAGGCAUCUCCCCUAUCGACAUAAUAACAGAACUCGUCAUCUGCAUCCUACCUAUCUACAUCGUGAAACCAGUCCAGGUUGUCUCCGGGAAGAAAGUCACCGUUGUGGUUGCAUUCUUCAUCCGCAUCUUGACUUACUGCAAAUAUAGAUCUAACAAGAGACUGGCCAGCGUUAUCAUAACCACAAUUAUUCGCCUCAUCCUCAUGCGCCACUCCCAGUCCUCCCCCUUCACGGACAUGAACUACGCAGCGUUUGCAACAACCAUCACAACAGAAUGCGUCCUCUGCGUCAGCAUCAUGACAGCCUGUAUCCCGUGCCUGAAACCGUUCCUCGACGCCUUUGACAGCGGCAUGCUCAACGUAUCCUUACAUAAGCGCAUUGGUGGAGGCAGCAAUAGCAACUCUUAUGGUAAUGCGUACGCGAUGACGAGUAUGAGCAAAGGUGUUAAAGAAUCAGCCACUAGGUCACGGUACAUUGAGGAUGAGAUCGAGGGCUUGGGCACUUCUGCUGCAGCGUUUGCUGUCACAUCUCCGGGUCAGCCAUUGGGUAGGAGGGACUCAACACUGGUCAUUCAGAGAACAGAUCAGUGGAGCGUAAGGUGCGAAUACGUUGAUCCGAGGAAUGGGUCUGUUGAGGAUGUGACGGAGCGGUCGGAGAAUAGUGUGGCUAGGUGUGAACAUUCUUUGUAG